GAGAAGAGAGCGAGUUCUUGUUCUGGCUGAGAAGCGUUUUUUUUUUGUUUUGAAGGUGCAGUGACGACGUCUAGAGCAUGGCGAAUACUCGAGGUGGUGGUUGAGAUUGGCCUAGGCUUCCGUGCAGACGUGCCACCGAACCAGCCAGCAAAUGGGUGAGUGAGGAGAGCGAGUAACUCGCGAUUGUGUAACAUCUAAGGCCACGCUAUUUCGGUUUCACUGGUGUGUGCGGUCUGUGUUUGGAUCAGGAAUUUAAAAACUAGGAGGCUUAGUUAUAGAACGAAAAAUAGUUGACGUUUUUCACCUGCCCUAUUCGCACAGCUAGACUGUGUUUCCGCGGGGUCGAAUUUGUGGCCAGUUCCAGUCCGUUGAUUUGUGGUUUUUCGUUGCCGUCCGAAGGAAAAUAUUAGUUGUGCAUUCGAAACUUACGUCUCUCUCGCUUACUCUGGAGCACACGGCAGGCAGACAUAUCACAGCCCAGCUGAAUAACCGACCGCAGGCCAGAAAAGGAGAGCAGAUGCGUGCGUGUCUUCUGGGUGUUCUCCAAGACGCAACUGGCCAAGCGAAUCAACGAAACUGCCAUCGACAUCGGCAAACGGCAAAGGUGCUACUUGUAGAGCUUAUUUAUAUUUGCUGAUAAAAAUGCAAUUUAAAUGAAUCGUUUGGACACGAUCCAAACGAUUGCUGUUGUCGGAAGUGAAGACGAGAAGCGAUUUCAAAGGGCCAUUAACAACAACGUGUAGCGGCGGCAGUGGCAGGUGCUAUCAACAGUGUAAGAGAGAUGACGUGUGCAUAAAUUUUAAACCUUCGUUUAGAUCGUGUUUCGGAUGUUGUGUUUCUGUGUUUAUCACUCUGUGUAGAUGUGCAUAUCCAUAUAUCACUGUCUGUUUGAACGUUGUUAUUGUUAUUUUUAUUUGUAUCGAAAACGGAAGCACAGCUGAACGUUUGAAUUUUAUCGAGCUCGUAGAAUAGAGGAUCAUUUUAUCCUAAACGAACACCAACGUAUCGUGAUUUUGAAAGCAAUAUAGUUAAUAGUUUGAGAUUUAGUAACGUCAGUUUUCGUGACACGACAGCGACAAAAUGGGUGCGGCCAGUACCGGUGCGGAAUCGUUGGAGUGUUGCAACAACCAAGAAGAAGGAUCCGUCCGCAAUAAUCUGAAUCAAAAUCACCAACCGAACAGAGCACAGCAUCAACCAGCACCCCCAGUAGCUCCGGUACCGCUGGCAUCUUCCGAAAACAAUCCACCACUGCCAUUGGUAUUGAUCUCAAGUUUGAACCACCAACCCCCACCCACCACUUUGUUGCAAUCACCGCCGUUGCAACCACUGCACCUAAACAAUAUCAACCAACAGCAACAAGCCCAACGCAACAACCACCUUCACUACACGCUCGACAUCGAGAACAACAAUCAAAGCAACCAUUUGUAUGUAAAUCCCCAAGGAAACUUCAACUAUGAUUACUACUUGCAAACCUUCUUUGAUGAGCACGACUACUACAACCAACUCAACAACAACCACGCUCACAAUUAUGCCGGAACUGUGUCGAUCUACUCGGAAGCCGAAACACCCAUGACGGUGGCAGCCUCCAACCUGUCCGCAUCCUGCCAGUGCCUAUUCCUUCGCUACUGCAAGCAUAAAAAGCGUGCAUCGUCCUCGUGCUGUCAACGGCCCCAGCCGAAGCUCGACGGUUCGAAGCAGAAGAAAUCCGCCCCAUCCAAGGAACCGGAGAAGAAACCAAAACCUUCCGGUGCUGCUGCCCCUCGUGGUCGGGGCGCCACCGGUCGUGGGAUGGAUACCAACGAUGCCGAUCCGUUGAUGCGCCGCCCUAGGCGCCGAAAGGAGAACAGUGAGCAAGAUUUGGCCUCCAAGCAGCAGCAGCAGCAACAACAACAACCUCAGCAGCAGGGCAGCACCGCAUUCGAUCAAAAGCAACAGCAAGCGAAUUUCGUUCCACUGGACAGGUUUCAACGCUGCAACCCACUGUGUGCUGAACGCGUGAGCAUUACAAAUUGCCACCAGCUUCCGCCUUAGCCAGCUCCCGCCUGAGUACCAGCCGAGAAUUACAAAGCAGGAAAAAAACAGUACAAAUUGCAUCCCAUUGUCUGUGUUUUGUUGUGCACUAAUCACCGCCAAUAAAGUGUAAGGAAGGGACGGAAAAAAAAUGAUGACGACAACGCGCCUUGACAAUGCUUCUUUUAAUUUGAUCGCUGAGUUUGAAGACGGUUUAGUCCCU